GGGGGGUGGGUUUUACCAGGGUUCACCGGGGUCAGAAAGGACACGGGAAGUCGGCGAGGUGGCUAGCUGUUGUGAAGUGGCUGUUCUUCGGGGAGGAUUUGAGAGCGGUUCCGUACCUGGUGGUGCUGGGCUAGAGCGUUAUGGCUCAGACGCUACAGAUGGCGAUCCCUAACUUUGGCAACAACGUGUUGGAGUGUCUCAAUGAGCAGAGGCUCCAGGGGCUCUACUGCGACGUCUCCGUGGUUGUCAAGGGACACGCCUUCAAGGCGCACCGGGCGGUCCUGGCGGCCAGUAGCUCCUACUUCCGGGACCUGUUCAACGCUGGAGGGAAGAGCAGUGUGGUGGAGCUACCCCCGGCCGUCCAGCCCCAGAGCUUCCAACAGAUCCUAGCCUUCUGCUACACAGGCCGCCUCAGCAUGAACGUGGGGGACCAGUUCCUCCUCAUGUACACCGCAGGCUUCCUGCAGAUUCAGCAGAUCAUGGAGAAGGGCACAGAGUUCUUCCUUAAGGUCUCCUCCCCUAGCUGUGACUCCCAGGGUCUUCAUGCAGAAGAGACUCCGCCGUCCGAGCCCCAGAGCCCUGUCACUCAAACCACAGGGGGAGGGGCUGGGGUGGUUUCCUCGGCAGCAUGUAGGCCCGCCUCCUGCCUGACACCCCUCCCCCUGGUGUUGAGGGUGAAGACGGAGCAGAGCGGGACUACGCCACAACCCACACCACAUUCACAGCAGCAGGAGGCCACGUCCUACUCGGUGGUGUGCAGCCCUGUCGCCAAGCGCCUGUGGGAGGGGGGCAACCGCGGUGACGGGGGAGGGGGGUCGGGAGGAGGGGGGUCCAGGAAAGCCGCCCGCUACUCUUCCUCCUCCGCCUCAUCAAACAACUGCAACUCCCAAGAUGCAAUGGGCAGAAAUGUUGUUAACCACAGUAACCAUAACAACAACAACAGUAACCAUAACAGCAGCAGCGUGGGGACGCCGGACGGAACGAGUCCGGGGACGCUGAGCAUAUACACCAGCGACUCGCCCCUUAGUUACCACGAUGACGAGGAGGAAGAGGAAGUGACCGACGACAGCGCCGAAGAGCAGUACAGGCAGAUCUGUAACAUGUACACAAUGUACAGUAUGCUCAAUGUGGGCGCCACAGUAGCAGGCGAGCGUGUGGAGUCCCUACCGGAGCACCUCACGGCCGAGACCCGGGGCGGCAGGGGGGUGAGGCUACGCCAGGAUCUGGCUUCGCUACCUGCCGAACUCAUCACCCAGAUAGGUAACCGGUGCCACCCGCGGCUGUACGAGGAGGGUGACCCUGCAGAGAGGCUGGAGCUGGUGACGGGUACCUCCGUGUUCAUCUCCCGCGCCCAGCUCAUGAACUGUCACGUCAGCGCCGGCACGCGGCACAAGGUCCUACUGAGGAGGCUGCUGGCCUCUUUCUUCGACAGGAGUACUCUAGCUAACAGCUGUGGGACGGGGAUCCGCUCGUCUACAAACGACCCCAGCCGCAAGCCCCUGGACAGCAGAGUACUGCACGCCGUCAAGUUUUACUGCCAGAACUUUGCGCCGAGCUUCAAGGAGAGCGAGAUGAACGCCAUCGCGGCUGACAUGUGCACUAAUGCCCGCCGGGUCGUCAGGAAGUCCUGGAUCCCGAAGCUCAAGCUCCUCAUGGCCGAGGGUGACGCCUACUCCGCUUUCCUCCAAUCAGACGCCGUCAAGAUGGAGGCCGAUGCCCUGGGGGCGGAGCAUGGGUUCGACCCAAACUCCCUGGCAGAAGAGGCGGCGGCAGCCAAUAGCGAUGCGGGACCUUCUUCGGGGGAGGGGUUACAAGGCGUUGUGGGCGGAGACGGCAGCACUUUGUUUUAAAGUGAGUGGGCUUAUUGUGAUCUUAUUGGUCGAUGGUCUUUGAUCAUUGCUCUCGGCGAUACUUCCUCCCUCAGUUUUAGUUUGUUUUUUAAUGUCACUUUUCCAUGUCUUAAUCUCUUCCCUUUAUACUUGCAAUUUCAUUUAUUAUAUCUGUUACAUCCCUUGUUCUCUCUCUCUCGCCGUCCCGGACCCAUGUACAUAGUGUCUGCCCCCUUUUGGGCGGGAGAGAGUUGAAAAGAUGGAGGGAUAGAGGUGCAGAAAGAAA